GAUCCGGAAGAUACUAUGAAAAUUCUAGUAGCUACGGAUAUUCAUCUUGGUUUUAAUCUCAAUAAGAAGAGAGGAGGACAAUCGGAUGAUAGUUUUAUUACAUUUGAAGAAAUACUGAAGUAUGGCCAGGAUAAUGAAGUCGACUUCAUUUUGCUGGGUGGUGAUUUGUUUCAUGAUACUAAACCAACGCAAGCCACAUUACUCAGAUGUGUUGAAUUAUUGCGAAAAUAUUGCCUAGGUUCCAAAGAAUGCAAGCUACAAUUCUUAAGUGAUUCAGAUGUGAUAUUCCGACACUGCGCACAAAAGCAUGUGAAUUAUGAAGAUCCUAAUUUAAAUGUUUCAAUGCCAGUAUUUACCAUCCAUGGGAAUCAUGAUGAUCCAAGUUUUGGUACCGUUGGAUCAAUGGAUGUACUGUCAGCUACUGGAUUUGUGAAUUACUUUGGCAAAUGGACAGAUCUUACUCGCAUUGUUGUCUCACCAAUAAUUUUGAAAAAAAUAAUACUCAUGUUGCACUUUAUGGUUUGAGUUAUAUUAAUGAUCAAAGAUUAUCCAGACUAUACAGAGAU